AUGCCGGCGGAUAUACGAUCUUUCUUUGGGGGUAAAGGCGGUGCCGCCCCCGCUAAACCUGCAGCUUCGAAAAAGGAGAACGAACCAGUCAAGAAGGCAACAAAAGCUCGCAGUAAUGAUAGCGACGAUGAGCCUGUUGAGUCCUCGAAGGUUACAACAAGAGCCACACCCAAAAAGAAGGCGAGCGCGGAUGCUGCCAAAGGGACUGCUAUCACUGCCAGUGAUUACUUUGCAAAUACUGCUUCAGGUGACAAAAAAUCACAGGCAACUCCCAAGGCUACCUCAAAAUUCAAGUCGGAAGUUGAGGUUCGAAUCAGCCCACGGACCAGGGCCAAGGCACAUGCGGAACCGAGCUCUGCGUCGACAAAAACGACCAACAAACCGGCACCUUCACCGGCUCCAAAGGCAACUGCAAAUGCAACCGCAAAGACUACUGCGAAAGCCACAAAACCGAAGAAGCCGGUCACAGCAUACAAGAAAUACGACUCGGACGAUGACGAUGACGCUUUUGUUGAUGACGAUGAGGAUGAAGAUGAUGAUAUAUUUGCCGCAGAUGUUGGAGGACGAGGCAAGCGGAAGAACGACGAUUAUGUCGAAGAGGACAGUGACGACGAAAUUCUGCCGCAACCUAAGAGGGUUGCAUCCCGUGGAAGACCCAGAAGAGGUGCCGCAAAGGACGAGUCAUCUGACGAAGAGGAGGGUUCGAAACCCACCAAGAGUGCUGCCACUAGCAGGAAACGAAAAUCUCCUCCAACUGACCCAGAAGUGUCCGAUGAUGAGGACUUGAAGCCGCGCAAGAAACCAGCUGCGAAGCCACGAGCCACCAAACCUAAAGUUGCACCCACUGAGGACCCAGGUAUCCAGGCUAUCUUGGACAACGUUCCUACUGUUCGCCCGCCAACGCCGCCCCCGAAAGAUCCGAAUGCCAAGUUUGAUUGGCGAAAAGCUCAGGCCGGAGGAGGCAACUCAGGGGCACCACCUGCUGCGGGUUCCAUUGAUUUACCCGAGGGUCAGGAAGACUGUCUCAGUGGACUUACCUUUGUGUUCACGGGUCUCCUCAAGACGAUCGGGAGAGAAGACGCCCAGGCUCUCGUGAAACGCUACGGGGGUAAAGUGACGGGUGCCCCAAGUGGGAAAACCAGUUUCGUGGUUCUUGGAGACGACGCUGGCCCCAGCAAGCUUGCAAAGAUCAAACAGCAUAAAUUGAAGACUAUCGACGAGGUGGGACUUUUUCAUCUGAUCAGCACGCUUCCGGCGCAUGGAGGCAGUGGUCUGGGGGCUGAAAAGGCGCGUGAAAAGCGUGAGGCGGAAGCGGAGAAGGUCAAGCAGGCGGCUGAGGAAAUGGAGGCCGAAGAGAAGGCUAAGAGGCUAGCGGCGGAGAAAGCUCGAAAGGCCGCGGGCGCCAAGGGUGCGUCUGCACCACCGGCACCGCCUCCACCCAACUCGCAGCUUUGGACAACAAAAUACGCUCCCACGGCACUCAACCAUAUAUGCGGCAACAAGGCUCAGGUGGAAAAAAUCAAAAACUGGCUUGAGAAUUGGCCCAAGUCAAGAAAGUAUGACUUCAAGAAGCGCGGCGCGGAUGGCUUGGGUGGUGAGCGUGCCAUUAUUAUUUCUGGCCCUCCAGGGAUUGGAAAGACAACAGCCGCCCACAUGGCCGCUAAGCUGGCUGGCUAUGACGUUCUCGAGAGCAACGCCAGUGACACGCGGAGCAAGAAGCUGGUUGAGAAUGGCGUUAGUGAUGUGAUAAACAACACAUCGCUCCUGGGAUACUUUUCGGGCGACGGCAAGAAGGUCGAGCAAGCCAGGAAGAACAUCGUCUUGAUCAUGGACGAGGUAGACGGCAUGUCCGCCGGUGAUCGCGGAGGUGUCGGUGCGCUCGCAAAAUUCUGCAAGAAGACCGAAGUUCCGCUCAUCCUGAUCUGCAACGAGCGCAGAUUACCCAAGAUGAAACCGUUUGAUCAUGUGGCGUUCGAUAUUCGCUUCAACAGACCGACAGUAGAUCAGAUUCGAUCCCGGAUCAUGACGAUUUGUCACCGGGAGGGACUAGGAAAGAUGCCGCCACAGGUCAUCGACGCCUUGAUUGAAGGCUGCAACAAGGACAUUCGUCAGAUCAUCAACAUGGUGCACUCCAUCAAACUCGAUGGCGCCUCCCUCGACUAUACUCAGACCAAAUCCAUGACGAAGGCAUGGGAGAAACACGUCAUUCUCAAGCCGUGGGAUAUCUGCCAGAAAAUGCUUGCGGGUGGUCUCUUCUCACCAGCAAGCAAAGCUACCCUGAAUGACAAGAUUGAGCUCUAUUUCAAUGACCACGAGUUCAGCUACCUGAUGAUUCAGGAGAACUACCUUGGCACGAAGCCAAUGGCUUUGAGCGGUAAGGGCUACAAUAGAAAAGAAGAGAACCUCAAGUAUCUGGAGCUGGUAGAAAAGGCCUCGGAAAGUAUCAGCGACGGCGACCUAGUCGAUCGUAUGAUUCACGGUCCGCAGCAACAGUGGUCGCUGAUGCCCACGCACGCCGUUUUCAGCUCAGUCAGACCGGCUAGUUAUAUCGCUGGUCAGCUCAUGGGUGCCAACUUUACGUCAUGGCUGGGUAACAAUAGCAAGACAGGCAAGCUUGGUCGUUUUGUGCGCGAGAUACAUUCGCACAUGAGACUCAAGUCCUCUGGUGACCACAACGAAGUCCGCCAGCAGUACCUUCCGGUACUUUGGAAUCAGAUGAUCCAGCGACUGGGAGUAGAUGGUAAAGAUGCCAUCGACGAUGUCAUUGAGCUGAUGGACAGCUACUAUCUCACUCGUGACGACUUUGAUGCAAUCAAGGAGCUUGGUGUUGGGCCUCAGGAUGAGUCCAGGGUCAACAUUGAGACGCAGACCAAGGCUGCAUUUACUCGAACCUAUAACUCCAUGUCUCACCCAAUACCAUUCAUGAAGGCGAGCAAUGUGCAAGCGCCCAAGGCCGCGGCCAAGGAGAUGCCUGACCUGGAGGAGGCCAUCGAGGAAGAGGACGAUGCUGCUGUUGUUGCGGAUCCUGCCGUCGAUGAAGACGAAGAAGAACUUGACCUCAAAAAGGACAAGUACAUCAAGCAGCCCAAAGCCAAGCCGGCCAAGAAGGCGGCACCCGCAAAGAAAAAGACUGCCGCAUCAAAGAAAUCGGCCGCUGCAGAGGACGAUUUUAUUGAUGAUGACGACGAGCCCAAGCCUGCGGCGAAAGGUAGGGGUCGUCCUGCCAAGUCUAAGAAGUGA